CUUCCUGAUUCGUUCCUUCAUCCAUAAGGCCCAAUCCCAGCCGUCCAAUCUUCCAGUCCUUAAAAAGUGGUCACUUCCUCUGUGUCAAAUCCCACCGCUGCCGGGGAGAAAGAAGGAAGAAAGGGAGGAGGACGGAAUUCGGAAGUUGUCGGAAGUAGACCUCCGCCGCCGCCCACUCUAGCAUUUCUCCCUCCAGGCUAGGGUUAGGGUUUUAGGGGCGGGGAUGGCGCCGGGGAGGCGGGAGACGGGGACGGUGAAGUGGUUCAGCGGGGCGAAGGGCUUCGGGUUCAUCGUCCCGGACGGUGGCGGCGAAGACCUCUUCGUCCACCAGACGUCUAUCCGCUCCGACGGCUUCCGCGCCCUCGCCGAGGGCGACGCUGUCGAGUUCGCCGUCCACCGCGACGACGACGGCCGAUCCAAGGCUGUCGACGUCACCGGUCCCAAUGGAUCCGCCAUUUCCUCUUUUGCCGGCGGCGGAGGGAGAGGAUACUCUGGCGGGAGAGGUAAGGGAAGCGGCGGAUAUGGAAGUGGUUAUGCUGGAGGUUCCGGCAGCGGCGGUGGCGGUAGAUACGGGAGAGGGUGGAGUAGGGGGAGAGGCGGGAAGAUGGGUGGCGGAGUUGGAGGCGGAGGGUAUAGCAGUGGUGGGCCGUGCUAUAACUGUGGGAGGACUGGACACUUGGCGAGGGACUGUAACCAGGGAGGAGGAGGCGGCGGCCACGGUGGCGGCGGCGGAGGGAGGUACGGUAGCUAUGGUGGCGGCGGCGGUUGCUACAACUGUGGAGGUCACGGUCAUUUUGCGAGGGAGUGUCCUAACAGCGCCUAAAGACGGUGACACGUAGCAGCACACGUGGUGGGUUGCAGGGACGACACGCAGCAGUACACAUGGAGGACUAAGACCGAGUCAAGAGCAGAGGAAGAUGGAGCUAGUUGGCUGAAUUGGUUCUGCAGUCGUGCCUGAGUUUAAGCAGUUGAUUUGUAGUUAUUUUUCCUUUAGUUAAUGGGUUGUUUCGCCCACUUUUCCCCCAUGCUCUCUCACCCACUUUCCCUCAUACUCUCUUGCCCACUUUAUAUGUUUUCUCGAUGAUUUAGUUUCAGCCUUGGAUUGUAUUUAAAGACUGUUAAUG